AUAAUGCAGUCCCAACGAAAAAGGGUCACAAUCGUGUGUUGGAACCGCAGGCGGUGUUCUCCUGGUUUCUUAGGUGAGUACUGUCAGCAUAAGGACCCAUGUACUGAGGGAUAUUGUUUGAAUGGAGGAAAGUGCACCGUGAUCACCAUGGCCAGAGUACCCCAGCGUGGCUGUGUGUGUCCUCUGGGAUACUCUGGGGUGCGAUGCGAGUUAAAUGACAAUAACUUUGACAAUCCUUGUACCAAUGGGGGGAAGUCCUUGCUCCUCCCCAACAACCAGUACAAAUGCCAGUGUGCCCAUGGAUGGACAGGUCAUCAUUGUGAGCAAGAGGACACAUGUCUGUCCAGCCCGUGUGCCAACGGUGGUAUCUGCUAUACUCUGCCCAAUCGUGAAUUCUCUUGUACCUGUCCUCCUGGUUACCAUGGCCCCCAUUGUCUCAAUGACACAGAUGAGUGUGUUUCCUUCCCGUCUCUGUGCAAGAACGAAGGCGUGUGUCUGAAUACCCCAGGCUCAUAUCGGUGUAACUGCCAACCCCGCUUUACCGGCCUCCACUGCGAGAUGAUUUACGUGCCCUGCUUUCCAUCCCCCUGCCUCAACGGUGGAACCUGCCGGCAGAUGACAGACACAACUUAUGUAUGCCACUGCUUGCCAGGUUUUAAUGGACAAAACUGUGAGGUGAACAUUGAUGAUUGUCCGAAUCACCGCUGUCAGAAUGGAGCCACAUGCAUGGAUGGAGUGAACACUUACAACUGCCAGUGCCCACCUGAAUGGACUGGUCAGUUUUGCACUGAUGACGUGGAUGAAUGCAGUCUGCAGCUAAACCCCUGUCAGAAUGGAGGCAUGUGUAGAAACACACUCAAUGGCUACAACUGCGUGUGUUUGAAUGGCUGGGCCGGCCCUGACUGCUCUGAAAACAUUGAUGACUGCGCAAAUAAUCCCUGCACCGCUGGCUCCACUUGCAUCGACGGCGUGGCUUCCUUCCGUUGCAGCUGCCCUCCUGGAAAGGCUGGUUUGCUGUGUCAUCUUGAUGAUGCCUGCACCAGUAACCCAUGCAAGAUGGGAGCUCAAUGUGACACGAACCCCGUCAAUGGCAAGUUCAACUGUAACUGCCCCUCAGGGUACAAGGGCAGCACGUGUGCAGAGGAUAUCGACGAGUGUGUGAUCGGACCAAACCCAUGUGAGCACGGUGGUUCGUGUAAGAACACAGUGGGCUCAUUCACCUGUAACUGCACUCCAGGUUACACAGGUCCACGCUGUGAGCAGAACAUCAACAAAUGUGGCUCUAACCCCUGCCAAAAUCACGCCACCUGCUUGGACCUUAAUGGAGAUUACAUUUGCUUCUGUAUGGCAGGUUUUAAUGGACAAAACUGUGAGGUGAACAUUGAUGAUUGUCCGAAUCACCGCUGUCAGAAUGGAGCCACAUGCAUGGAUGGAGUGAACACUUACAACUGCCAGUGCCCACCUGAAUGGACUGGUCAGUUUUGCACUGAUGACGUGGAUGAAUGCAGUCUGCAGCUAAACCCCUGUCAGAAUCGAGGCAUGUGUAGAAACACACUCAAUGGCUACAACUGCGUGUGUGUGAACGGCUGGGCCGGCCCUGACUGCUCUGAAAACAUUGAUGACUGCGCAAAUAAUCCCUGCACCGCUGGCUCCACUUGCAUCGACGGCGUGGCUUCCUUCCGUUGCAGCUGCCCUCCUGGAAAGGCUGGUUUGCUGUGUCAUCUUGAUGAUGCCUGCACCAGUAACCCAUGCAAGAUGGGAGCUCAAUGUGACACGAACCCCGUCAAUGGCAAGUUCAACUGUAACUGCCCCUCAGGGUACAAGGGCAGCACCUGUGCAGAGGAUAUCGACGAGUGUGUGAUCGGACCAAACCCAUGUGAGCACGGUGGUUCGUGUAAGAACACAGUGGGCUCAUUCACCUGUAACUGCACUGCAGGUUACACAGGUCCACGCUGUGAGCAGAACAUCAACAAAUGUGGCUCUAACCCCUGCCAAAAUCACGCCACCUGCUUGGACCUUAAAGGAGAUUACAUUUGCUUCUGUAUGGCAGGUACUUAGAUGCGCGCUCACACACACUGUAAUAAGGUACAAGAUAUAGAAGCAGAUUGGUCUCAGUAAUCAUUUAUGCAUUUAUGUGUGUGGGACCACAAGUAUGCAAAAAAAUGUCUUCCUUUAAAUUCUAACAUGUCCCUGAAAUGUACUUUUAAUUCAUUUGUGUACUGUAAGUGUAUAACACACCCAGACCAUCCACAUUAUAUUGGAGUAAAUUCCCUAUAAUUAGUCUCUAAAAAAAAUCUAAACAAGCAUGAUUUAUAUGCAUUACCAUGCAGUUUUCACAGUGUUUGUGUAAAGGUAAUUCUUCUGCACUCCACUGCUUCACUAGCAUUUUCAGAAAGAUACUGAAAUUGGAGGGAACAGCACAGCAACUUUAAUAAAACUAUUUAUAGUUUUAAGUGUGUGGAAAAAAUUUAAAUUGGGAGGGGAAUGAAAUGGCAUAACAAGGUCAAAGUGGAGGGCUACAUUUUAUUAUAUAUUUUUUUUAAUGUAGGUGUAAUGAUUUCUAUGUACUGGAGUUUACUGAAUAACAUAUAUAAGCUAUAAAAGGAUGUGUGAAAAA